UAUCACGAGAUAAAGUAAAUCUCGGCAACAAAAGCUUUUCCGUUUCGAUCGGAGUCUUACAGCCGCCUGCUUUACUGAUAGCCCUGAUACUGAUCGAAUUCGGCGUAAAAAAUGUUCUGGCCGUCGGAAACAUCUGAAAUCCAAUAUUUAAGCGCACUGCGGUAUUUCGGCGAUGCCACGACUUCCUUUUGAAUGUCACCGAUCACGGGUUGUUCAGUUCGGCGACGACGCAUUCGUGGUUGAAUCGUUACGAGACUUGGAGGCGCUUUUGAGCUCAUGAUAGCAGUCAAAGGGAACAAAAGACAGACAAAAGAUGUUCAAAUUGUGCGAUUUUUCCGAGUUUACAUAAUCCUAGUCAAACAAUGGUGUGUUGAAAGUUUGGCUCGCGCCCACAAAGACUCUCCAUGUCAUUGGCUUUUGUCAGAGUGCUGUCAAAUUUGAACUGUCAAUUCCUUUUGACAGGCGGAGUCAAAUUAUAUCAAAAGGAGAGCGCGUAAAUGUGUUGUCUUUCAACAAGCUAAUUGACAACUAGCAAGGCGGCCUAAGUGGUUCUAUACCGCGCGCUUUCAUCCAUCCACUUUGCAAUUGCGUGCACCAAACUAUAUGCAAAUUUUGACCGCGGAAUAAACUUCAGCGUUGGUUUUUAGAAAAUCCGCAAAACUCCCUCUUGGAUCGGUUUUUACCGUCCCGUUAAGCAGCUGGCAUAGUGCAAAGCACCACCCACCGGGCACGUAGAAGAGUUACUUGCAUAAAUUUCACGCUCACGGCACCAUACUUUACAUAAACGUAUAUACACCCGGAGAAGGUGAGGAAACGAAAGAAACGACCGAGUCUUCUUGGCUUCAUGAAGGCACAGAUCUGCAAAAUGGUUCAACAGUGCGCGGGAUGUGAACUGCCCAUCUCCGAUAAAUUUCUUCUGAAGGUUCUGGAUCGCGUCUGGCAUGUACAGUGUGUCCAUUGCUACGACUGCAAAUGUGCACUCACUAAUAAAUGCUUUUCCCGUGAAGGAAAGCUGUUUUGUAAGAAUGAUUUUUACAGGCGUUAGGGGACAAAAUGCGCUGGAUGUUCUUUAGGGAUCUCGCCGAACGACAUGGUCCGCAGAGCUAAACACUUGGUCUUUCACGUGAAAUGUUUCAAUUGUUCCAGCUGUAACCGGCAAAUUUUGACCGGUGAUGAAUUGUAUUAUGUUGGAGAAAGUAAAUUCGUUUGUAAAGAUGACUACUACCAAUCAAACUUCCAGUCGAAGCAAUCCGACUCGGACUCCGAAGAGAAAGAUUUAAGCUAUGGUUUAGACGAAGACUUAGAUGUGGCGCUUGGUACCAAACGCCGCGGUCCGCGGACAACCAUCAAAGCAAAGCAGCUAGAGGCACUCAAAGCAACCUUUGCCGCAACUCCGAAACCGUCGAGGAAUAUCCGCGAAAAACUUGCGCAGGAGACGGGGUUAAACAUGCGAGUCAUUCAAGUCUGGUUUCAAAAUCGUCGAUCGAAAGAAAGAAGGCUCAAGCAGCAAGGAGUCGCGCAGCCAAAUGCAACGCGCGCUGUACGAUCAGGCCGGCGAUCAAGGAGGGCUAGAGGCGAAAACCUUGGAAACGAACCUACCCCAAACAACGAACAGUCAAUCAACACAUCACAUAUAAAUUACGCAGCUUCACAAAGUGCACAUUUUCCGGCGACGGCCUUUGAUGAGUUUUACAUGAAGGGUGAUGUUGGCUUAGCGAGCGAAGUUUCCGCGACAAUGGACAAUUCUCAAAUGAUUCAGAAUCCUGGAUUUAACACUCAAGGAAUAAUUCCUGUUAAUUCUGUCAGUCUGGAUAACAGUACGGGAAUACAAAUGAAUCAUUGUGGUGUUGGUCAGAGCCCAAAUGGUGGACUUUACGACACUUCAGCGGCGAGGCAACAAAACACAAUACCUUCUACAGCCGAGGUUUGGUGAAAGCAUCAGUGAUUCAAAGGGAUUCAUCCCUAAAUUGUAAAGGUGCCAAUGUAUUGUAUAGAAAGGAAAAGAAAGAGUUAUUUAAUGCAUAGGAACAAAGCCUGCCUUCUCUCUGAUAGUCUGUUCCAAGUGACUUGGAAUCUGUGUAAUUUUCUAAUAACAAAAAGGAACAAACGACCUCUAGCCUACGUGGCGAGCUAUUUUUAUUCACUCUGGCGAAACGGACCGAGAAGAACACCCAGUUAUCGUUUGAUCAAUUAAAAAUGCCGCUUGAGAGUUCGCCAGGCCAUUAGGAAAGAUUAAGUAAAUAAAACAGUUUAUUGCCUUGGGGCAUAGAGCCACAACCAUGUUAUCUACUCAACCUGAAGCACACAGGCUGUAAGGAAAAAAAAAAGCCGAGUAAAAAUGAAAAUUUAUCACGAGUUAUCAAACGAAAUGUUGUAAUAUAAAGCGAUUUGAGAGACAAAAAAAAUUAACAUAAGAGAUUGUUCCCUCGAGGAACUUGUGUACGAAAUUGUGAAUGUCUUCAAAGCUAUUUUAUAAUUUUAGUGUGAGCUCAUUCAACCGACCGACCGAUCUCAGUCGCUGAGGUGCAUAUAAAGUUAACAUCCCUCGCCAAACACUAAGCGUAAAACAUACCACAGCUAGCUACAGUGUUGAACGAGAAAUUUAAUCACUUUUCUGUGACAUAGAAAAUAAUAAUAAUAAAAAAAUUAUUAUGCAACAAACUGUUUGUUCUAAAAACUUGUGACUUGAAUUCAGACGAAAUAAAAAGACUCUUAGUCAA